GUCUCUCACACCGGAGCCCCUCGCCGUUCCCGCCCAGCACGCGAGACACCACGGCCGUGGGCGGGCAGUAACCCGUUGUAUCCGGGAGCCUAGUUUACUGAAAGAGAAAGUAAAGACAGGGGGCGCUGUGCCUGCAAAAGUACAUGGCAUGCGUCUAUGUGCACGGGAGAAGAAGAAAAACAAGGAAAUGGUGGAGGGAGAGCUGCCUAGUGAUCACAUACUAGCCCCGGCCGCCAGCGCAUUGAUGGGUUAAACACUGUUUGGCCGAGUAGAAUGGAUUUCGAGUUUAAGAGCAAGCUGUCUGCCGAGAGGGAGCGGGUGGAAGACCUCUUUGAAUAUGAUGGUUGCAAAGUGGGUCGUGGUACCUACGGGCAUGUUUACAAAGCCAAGAGGAAAGAUGGGAACACAUUGUGCGGGGGAGCGAACUGCUGGGCAGACCUUCGGGCAACGGACCAUAUCAUGCAUUAGCGCUUCAUCAGGCCCUACCUGUGGAAGAAAAAAAAAAAUCCUGCCACAUUUCAACCGGAAGUCGCCUUCCCAGCAGACCUUCUCUCACCAGAACCCACAGAAGACACCUGGGAAGAAAUUAAAAAACAAAAACAUAAAAGAUGAAAAAGAAUAUGCACUGAAGCAAAUUGAAGGUACAGGGAUAUCCAUGUCAGCCUGUAGAGAGAUUGCACUGUUGCGUGAAUUGAAGCAUCCAAAUGUGAUUGCUUUACAGAAAGUAUUCCUGUCUCACAGUGAUAGAAAAGUGUGGCUGCUGUUUGAUUAUGCAGAACAUGAUCUGUGGCAUAUCAUAAAGUUUCACCGUGCCUCAAAAGCAAAUAAGAAGCCCAUGCAGCUACCUCGAUCAAUGGUGAAAUCUUUGCUUUACCAGAUUCUGGAUGGAAUUCAUUAUCUGCAUGCCAACUGGGUACUUCAUCGAGACCUGAAACCAGCAAACAUCCUGGUUAUGGGGGAAGGUCCUGAGAGAGGAAGAGUCAAAAUAGCUGACAUGGGCUUUGCUCGAUUAUUCAAUUCUCCUUUGAAACCACUAGCAGAUCUGGAUCCAGUUGUGGUUACAUUUUGGUACAGAGCUCCAGAGUUGCUGCUUGGUGCAAGACAUUAUACUAAAGCUAUAGAGGUCAAGUCCAGUCCAGACGUCUCAGAGUCAGUGUCCAGCACACCUGGAGGCCUCAAGCCUAACCUACAGCCAUAUGCCAAUAUCUGGGCUAUCGGCUGCAUUUUUGCUGAAUUGUUAACAUCAGAACCCAUUUUUCAUUGUCGUCAAGAAGAUAUCAAGACAAGUAACCCAUUCCAUCAUGACCAGUUGGAUCGUAUAUUUAGUGUAAUGGGUUUUCCUGCAGAUAAAGACUGGGAAGAUAUCAGAAAGAUGCCAGAAUAUCCUACUCUUCAAAAAGACUUCAGAAGAACCACGUAUGCUAACAGUAGCUUAAUAAAAUACAUGGAAAAGCACAAGGUGAAACCUGAUAGCAAAGUUUUUAUUUUGCUUCAAAAACUUCUAACUAUGGACCCAACAAAAAGGAUUACAUCAGAUCAAGCUUUACAGGAUCUCUACUUUCAGGAAGAUCCUCUGCCUACAUCUGAUGUAUUUGCAGGGUGUCAAAUACCAUAUCCAAAACGGGAAUUUUUAAAUGAAGAUGAACAAGAAGAAAAAGCAGAGAAGAAUCAACAGGCACAAAAUCAGCACCAGCAACAAGUGGCAAACCAACAGCAGACAGCAGCUCAGCAGCAACAGGUACAGCAGCAGAAUAGUGGUCAGACCAAUGGUACAGGGGGAGCAGGAGCAACAACAGCAGCAGCACUUCAACACAGUCAAGACUCUAGUCUUAACCAAGGACCUCCAAACAAGAAACCACGCUUGGGGCCUUCAGCUGCUAAUUCCGGUGGCCCCUCUCUAAUGGCUUCCGAUUAUCAGCACUCCUCUUUACGUCUGGGUUACCAAAGCAAUGUUCAGGGAACUUCUCAGCCCCAGAAUACAUUGGGUUAUUCCACAACAUCUCAACAGAGCUCACAGUACCACCAGCCUCAUAGGUACUAGGAAGUUGAGCAGUAAAAAGACAACUCACACCAGUUGCAUCGGUAGUAAAAACAUGAAUAUUUUCAUCUAGGAUGAUUUUGUGGACUAUUCAGAACUGCAUUGUCUGGAAUCUUCAGCAAGAGAAAAACGUCCAUCAUUAUGAUGCUCUUAUACCUUUGUGUACAGUCACAUUGGUGAGAAAAUGUGACGCCAUCACUUUUUUUUUUUUUUUUAAAGGAAAGAUUCAUUGUGCAGCUUUUCCAUGCUGAGAAAGUUAUUUAUCAGGCUGCUGAAUGGCUGCCGUUGUGUAAAGAAAAUCGCAAGCUUUCUAGCUGUGUUUAGUUUUGUAUAUAUAAAAUGAAGGCAAAAAAAAAAAAACACACAUGCACCUUUUAAACACUGUGUUCUGUUCAUAGAAAAUUGCAGUUUUGCAUAUGGAUGUCAAGAAAAGGAACUUUUAAUGUUCCAAAUUUCCUAUCUUGCUUUUAUUUAUUUUUUAUUAACAGAAUUGUAAAAAAAAAAAAAAAGAUAUCAAUGAGCCUGCAUCAGAAAAGAUUAUAUAAAUGCAAGAUCCAACUCAGGAGUGGCUGGAGUAAACUAAACUGUAGUCAACCUUUAACCUGUUCAUAUACAAUGUAGACCCGAACCUCAGCUUUGCCAGGUCUUCAUUCACUCUUGUUAUAUUUCAGCAUUUGAUUACCUGACGUCUUUCCAGUGCAUCAUCCAAAGAGUUAAACUACAUUGCAGGAUUUAGUGAAAUUCUAAAGUAAAUGUUUUUUUUUACAUGUUAUACUUCGGUUUUUAAUCUGCAUUGUGUUAUAUGAUACAUAGAAGUAAAGACUGGAUUCCCCAACAGAUGCAUGGGUAUGCUUGACCCUGCCAAGGCUCCUAAAGUGUACAGUUAACCUAUAUAUUAGGAUAACCAAUGCAUGGUGACAAGUAGGUCAAUACAUCUGUAAUUUUAGACGUCACUCAAGUGGUUAAAAAAAGUUAAAUAGGCUUCUUAAAAGAGGGACUAUGUAUGUUAAUUAAUGUUUACCUAAUGGUAAUAACUAACUAAAUGAUGACUCUGCACAUCUCUCAAUAUUGUGCACCAUCAGGCUAAGUUUCCACUUGUUUUUUUUUUUUUUUUUGCAAAAAUGCCAAAAAAAAAAAACAACAACUCUGUGGCCAGAUGUUAGCUGCAAGUCAAUAGGAAAACGCAAAAUGUCUUUUCCACUUGGUGUUUUUCAGUUUGGCAUAUUUUUUAUCCUGUUGCCGUUUUUUCACUCCUCUUUGGCGUUUUCCUGCUCCUUUGCAGUUUUUCUAAAUCGCAGCAUGUUGAGACUAUGGUGUUUUUUUCACUGAAAUCGUGGUAUAUUUCUUCCAUAGAGGUCUAUGGGACUGAAAAAACGCCAAUUAAACCUCCAUGUGGGUUUUAACUUUGGCGUUUUUGCAGGCAGUUUUUAUUCUUUUUUUUACUGUAGCGAUCCAAAAAAGGGAUGGAAAUAACUUUUUUUUUUUUAUAAAAUUUCGUAGGGUGCCUUAAAAAAAGUAAAAUAAAGAUACAGUGGGGAUGGAAAAAGUUGUAUUUAACGAAAUUUAUAUUUUUUAGAACCAAAUGUUUAUUAAUUUUUAAACAGCGACCAAUUUAUCUGGGCGGGCAGGGACCUAAAAAUGUAGCCGGCAAUAGUAAAAAUUUAGAAAGGGGCCAUUUAAUUGUAAAAAUAAUAUAUUUUUUAUAAUUAAUUUUAUGAAACUUUUUAUUAGUAGUGUACAAAUUAGUCCUCCAGGACAUCUCAAAUAAUCUUACCCUUAUUCAUAUUAACAUUGUUAUGUCCACUCGGCCUAAGAAUAAGUACUAAGUAGUCUACUUGUAAACAUUGCACACAAAAAAAAAAUGUAGAGCUUACACUUAGAUAAAUCGAUAAAAAUCUAAUUUUUAUUGAACAUCAUUAAAAUACAAAUGAGACUUCACAGACAGGAUUUACCAAUAUACAAACAUGGAGCUUAGGGCCCAGUAUAAUUACAUUAUAAAGCACCAUUCCAUAUGUUGCAAUAAUAUAUCACUGUGUCCAAAGGAAUAUGAUAUCUUAUACGCUAGUUAUAUCAUCAAUUCACCAAUUGCCCUAUACUUUUGUAACAUUCUAUAUAGCACAUGUACCACUGAUAUAACUGGCAAUAUUACUCAUAAAGUCCGGGCAGACUCACUGGACCUAUGCCAUGCUAUAUAUAGCAUAAGUGCAUAUGGUGCCAAAGUAUUCUCUCCCAUUGUUGUUACGCCGAGCGCUCCGGGUCCCCGCUCCUCCCCGGAGCGCUCACAGCGUUCUCCUGUUCGCAGCGCCCCGGUCAGACCCGCUGACCGGGUGCGCUGCGAUAAUGUCCCCAGCCGGGAUGCGAUUCGCGAUGCGGGACGCGCCCGCUCGCGGUGCGCAUCCCGACCCGCUUACCAGACUCACUCCCCGUCUGUGCUGCCCCGGCGUGUGCGGCACCGCUCACCUGGGUGCGCGCGCGCCGGGUCUUUGCGAUUUAAAGGGCCGGUGCGCCACUGAUUGGCGCAUGGGUUUUAAUUAGUGUCUUCACCUGUGCACUUCCCUAUAUUACCUCACUUCCCCUGCACUUCCUUGCCGGAUCUUGUUGCCAUUGUGCCAAUGAAAGCGUUCCUUGUGUGUUCCUAGCCUGUGUUCCAGACCUCCUUGCCGUUGCCCCUGACUACGAUCCUUGCUGCCUGCCCUGACCUUCUGCUACGUCCGACCCUACUCUUGUCUAAUCCCUUGUAAGUAUAGGGCAAUUGGUGAAUUAAUUAUAUAAGAUAUCAUAUUCCUUUGACAGUUCAAGUAAUUUUUAUUACAUUUUUCAUAUAAACAAUCACUGUCAUUACUUCAUGCACUCCUAAAUAAUAGGGUAUCAUACAAUUGUAUGUGAACAAAGACAUAAAUAUAACAUAGUGAAAUGAAGAUAACUAUCGGGAUAUGGGAUCAGUAGAUGAUUUUCCAGUAGAACUAUGUUUACUGAAAGAUGAAUGGGAGGAAUAAUAAUUUCGAUGAGUAUGUAUGGUCACUAAUUUAGUUGUAUUGGAAACAUAUUGAGUAUUAAAUAUAAGUUAAUUCGGUAAAUGAGAGUUACCUGAUUU